GAAAGUUUUACUUUUCCUCAUUUAGCUUAGGGGAGAAGGCCUCUUCCAAAAUUCCUAUCAGGCUCUGAAUAUCAGCUAUGGUUAGUUUAGUCAGACCAGUGGCCUCCUAUUUUGGUAAUCUAUUUACAAACAUUUUUUGAGGAUCUUCCCUACGUUUAAGAAAUUGGUACCUUAUAUUUAGACACUAUAUAACCCUUUUACUUAAUCACCGGCUGGAUAUCUUUGGCCAAGCCGGGAACCUCGAUAUUCCAUGUUCCAGGGUCUACUAAGGCUUAUCAGAACAAUCUGAAGGAGUAAGGGAACGUGCAGAAGUGGGGGGGGGGCUUGUUUUCCUCCCUGAGCCAGGAGAGUUUUUCUGAUUCCUCAGGCUUUCGAUUAUAGGAGAAAGUCCUGGACAUAAGGGAACCUCAGUCCAUUUUACCAUCCUGUGGCAAUAAAGAUCUAAUUGUAAGAGACCCAUUUUUAGGCCAUUUUUCUUUGUCAUUGGAUCAUAGCUAUAGGUUGACCAGUCAUUCAAAUUUUUUUCUAAGGGACUCCCAGGUGGGGGUGGAACCUUAGAGGAAGGGCUUCCCAUUCUAGCUUGAGCAGUUAGUAACAUGUCUGUGUGCUCAAACCAAAGUAACCAAACGAACCCAAACCUUGCCAGCUGGAAGCAACACUCAAAAUAAAAAAAAAAAAAAAAACAGCAAAGAGAUGCCCAGAAAUCAAAAACCAAAUGGCAAAAAUGCCCCAAAUGUGACUUCCCAGUCCCACUAGACCUGUGACCUUUGUCCAAAGCGGCGCCUUACAAAUGGAAUUUCCCUUCACAGGGAGAACUCCCCAAACUGGAACCGAAGUUCCCCAAAAGAACAAAGUCAAAAAGGCCACGGUGUGCACUCCAGGGGACUUACCAAAUUGCUGGCAGAACCAACGAAACGUAUGCUUUCCUUCCAAGGGUUAGCUGAGUUGGCACAUCGAGAAUAUCAGGCAGGAGAUUUUGAGGCAGCUGAGAGACACUGCAUGCAGCUCUGGAGACAAGAGCCAGACAAUACUGGUGUACUUUUAUUACUUUCAUCUAUACACUUCCAGUGUCGAAGGCUGGACAGAUCUGCCCACUUCAGUACUCUGGCAAUUAAACAGAACCCUCUUCUGGCAGAAGCCUAUUCGAAUUUGGGGAAUGUGUACAAGGAAAGAGGGCAGUUGCAGGAAGCAAUUGAGCAUUACCGGCAUGCAUUGCGUCUCAAACCAGAUUUCAUCGAUGGUUAUAUUAACCUGGCAGCCGCUUUGGUAGCAGCAGGCGACAUGGAAGGGGCAGUACAAGCUUACGUCUCUGCUCUUCAGUACAAUCCUGAUUUGUACUGUGUUCGCAGUGACCUGGGGAACCUGCUCAAAGCCCUGGGUCGCUUGGAAGAAGCCAAGGCAUGUUAUCUGAAAGCAAUUGAGACGCAACCGAACUUUGCAGUAGCUUGGAGUAAUCUUGGCUGUGUUUUCAAUGCACAAGGGGAGAUUUGGCUUGCAAUUCAUCACUUUGAAAAGGCUGUCACCCUUGACCCCAAUUUUCUGGAUGCUUAUAUCAAUUUAGGAAAUGUCUUGAAAGAGGCACGGAUUUUUGACAGAGCUGUGGCAGCUUACCUUCGUGCCCUAAGCUUGAGUCCAAAUCAUGCAGUGGUACAUGGCAACCUGGCUUGUGUAUACUAUGAGCAAGGCCUGAUAGAUCUGGCAAUAGACACCUACAGGCGAGCUAUUGAAUUGCAACCACAUUUCCCUGAUGCUUACUGCAACCUAGCCAACGCUCUCAAAGAGAAGGGCAGUGUUGCCGAAGCAGAAGAUUGUUAUAAUACAGCUCUCCGGCUGUGUCCCACCCAUGCAGACUCUCUGAAUAACCUAGCCAAUAUCAAACGAGAACAGGGAAACAUUGAAGAGGCAGUUCGCUUGUAUCGUAAAGCAUUAGAAGUCUUCCCAGAGUUUGCUGCUGCCCAUUCAAAUUUAGCAAGUGUAUUGCAGCAGCAGGGAAAACUGCAGGAAGCUCUGAUGCAUUAUAAGGAGGCUAUUCGAAUCAGUCCUACCUUUGCUGAUGCCUACUCUAAUAUGGGAAACACUCUAAAGGAGAUGCAGGAUGUUCAGGGAGCCUUGCAGUGUUAUACUCGUGCCAUUCAGAUUAACCCUGCAUUUGCGGAUGCCCACAGCAAUCUGGCUUCCAUUCACAAGGAUUCAGGGAAUAUUCCAGAAGCAAUUGCUUCUUAUCGCACUGCUCUGAAGCUUAAACCUGAUUUUCCUGACGCUUAUUGUAAUUUGGCUCAUUGCCUGCAGAUUGUCUGUGAUUGGACAGACUAUGAUGAGCGAAUGAAGAAGUUGGUCAGCAUUGUGGCUGACCAGUUAGAGAAAAAUAGGUUGCCUUCUGUGCAUCCUCAUCAUAGUAUGCUAUAUCCUCUUUCUCAUGGCUUCAGGAAGGCUAUUGCUGAGAGGCAUGGGAACCUCUGCUUGGAUAAGAUAAAUGUCCUUCAUAAACCACCGUAUGAACAUCCAAAAGACUUGAAGCUCAGUGAUGGUCGACUGCGUGUAGGAUACGUGAGUUUUGACUUUGGGAAUCAUCCUACUUCUCAUCUUAUGCAGUCUAUUCCAGGCAUGCACAAUCCUGAUAAAUUUGAGGUAUUCUGUUAUGCCCUGAGCCCAGAUGAUGGCACAAACUUCCGAGUGAAGGUGAUGGCAGAAGCCAAUCAUUUCAUUGAUCUUUCUCAGAUUCCAUGCAAUGGAAAAGCAGCUGAUCGCAUCCAUCAAGAUGGUAUACACAUCCUUGUAAAUAUGAAUGGUUAUACCAAGGGUGCUCGAAAUGAACUCUUUGCUCUCAGGCCAGCUCCUAUUCAGGCAAUGUGGCUGGGGUACCCUGGGACUAGUGGCGCGCUUUUCAUGGAUUAUAUCAUCACUGAUCAGGAAACUUCACCUGCUGAAGUUGCUGAGCAGUAUUCUGAGAAACUGGCUUAUAUGCCCCAUACUUUCUUUAUUGGUGAUCAUGCUAAUAUGUUCCCUCACCUGAAGAAAAAAGCGGUCAUCGAUUUUAAGUCCAAUGGGCACAUUUAUGACAAUCGGAUUGUGCUGAAUGGCAUCGACCUCAAAGCAUUUCUUGAUAGUCUGCCAGAUGUGAAAAUUGUCAAGAUGAAAUGUCCUGACGGAGGAGACAACGCAGACAGCAGUAAUACAGCUCUUAAUAUGCCUGUCAUUCCUAUGAAUACCAUUGCAGAAGCAGUUAUUGAAAUGAUUAACAGAGGACAAAUUCAGAUAACAAUUAAUGGAUUCAGUAUUAGCAAUGGACUGGCAACUACCCAGAUCAACAAUAAGGCUGCCACUGGAGAGGAGGUUCCCCGUACCAUUAUUGUAACCACACGUUCUCAGUACGGGUUACCGGAAGAUGCCAUUGUGUACUGUAACUUUAAUCAGUUAUAUAAAAUUGACCCAUCUACUUUGCAGAUGUGGGCAAAUAUUCUGAAGCGUGUUCCCAAUAGUGUACUGUGGCUGUUGCGUUUUCCAGCAGUAGGAGAACCUAAUAUUCAACAGUACGCACAAAAUAUGGGCCUUCCCCAGAACCGUAUCAUUUUUUCACCUGUUGCUCCUAAAGAGGAACAUGUUCGGAGAGGCCAGCUGGCUGAUGUCUGCUUGGACACUCCACUCUGUAAUGGACACACCACAGGGAUGGAUGUCCUUUGGGCAGGGACACCCAUGGUGACUAUGCCAGGAGAGACUCUUGCUUCCCGAGUUGCAGCUUCCCAGCUGACUUGUUUAGGCUGUCUUGAGCUUAUUGUUAAAAAUAGACAAGAAUAUGAAGACAUAGCUGUGAAACUGGGAACUGAUCUAGAAUACCUGAAGAAAAUUCGUGGCAAAGUCUGGAAGCAGAGAAUAUCUAGCCCUCUGUUCAACACCAAACAAUACACAAUGGAACUAGAGCGGCUCUAUCUACAGAUGUGGGAGCAUUAUGCAGCUGGCAACAAACCUGAUCACAUGAUUAAGCCUGUUGAAGUCACUGAGUCGGCCUAAAUAAUGACUUUGUGCACAGGAGAAUUACCCCUGUACCUGAGCCUCAACCUUCUGGGGGAAAGGGAACUACUUUUUACUUAUCUGUACAAUAUCACGUUGCACAUGCGUGACAGACAAUGAUAAGAAAUAGCACAGCCAGGCUUGCUUCCUGCAUGAUCAUGAUAGGGAGAGACACAAGAGAUGCGAAGCUGCUGUUCCACAAGGAGUCUCCAGAGGAUUUUGCAGCAGCCAGGUGUUGCAUAAGUCUGGAAGGUCUCAUCUCCCUUGGUCUUCCAUGGGAUGGAUGGUAAGUGUGGAAGGGAGAUAGAGAUUGCCCAGCCAUUUUGUGAUUAUCAUGGACUGAUUGAGUCUUCUGAAUUAAUUUUUUUCUUUAUACUUUAGGUAUUGGAGCUCUUAAAAAUGUUUGGUUUCAGGUAUUUUUAUUCAUGUGAAGUGUAUAUGAUUCUCUUGCGAUAAGGUUUUAAGCUAAAAUAUUCCUUGUUUUAGUUUCUGAACUCUACAGAUAAAUGGGGACUUUGCUGGUGUAGCCUUUUUAUAGGUUUUAUCAACCACUUGAGCCGAUAUCAGUCAUUUUAGUGUCUGACAUAAUGUUUGGAACUAUCAGUGCUCUGCUGGUUUCUAGAUGAUGGCUUAAAUUCUUUUUCUGGUCCGUUUCCUUCUUCCCUUCCCCCCACUUUAAGAAUUCUCCUGUAACUUGGCUAACAAAAAACCAAGUCUGAUUCAAAACCUCCCAGAGUGUUUCUCUUAAACACAUCAUCUGGUGCCAAAUGAAGAUUCUUAGGAGUGAUGAUUAAUUAUGAAGGGCACAGUUGUGGUACUGUCACUGAUGAUAAUAAUAAUGGAUUUUUGGCCUAGA